AUGCCAUUGACUGCCGCGGAAGCCUUCAGCAUCUACGAAAUCACGGAGCAAAUCCUCCUACAACUAAACGACCCCGUAGAGAUCAUUCGGGCCAAGUGCGUAUGCCGUACAUGGAGAGAUGUGAUCCAAUCUUCCCCGGCGCUCCGAACCGCCUGCUGGUACCAAGUUCAGCCCUACAGAACCACAAACGCUGAGACGGAGCCUGGUUCGCUUCCAGACCAGCAAGCCUGGUCGCUGAACCCCGCCUUCAACCACAUCGGUGUCUCGGUAUCCAAACAUUCGGGUGAUUUCGACCUACAGAGGCGCAUUUACCACAAGCCGGGGUCAUGGGCGACCAUGCAUGCCACCAACCCUCCGUGCCAGCGAAUAAUGGUCGAAUGUUACGACUACCAAGGUGUCUACGACGCGACAAUGUUGUACAUGGUCAUAUCUCCCAAGGAGCCUCUCCUCAUGGGCGACAUCAUGGCCGUGCUUGCGGAAUGCCAAAAGAGACAGCAGUCCGGCGUUGAUCGUUGGGCUGGUGUGGUGCACCGCACGGGCGGCAUAGUCCAAUGGAGGGAGAACUAUCUGGCAGAAUACCAUUGGGGUACGCUGGAAGGAAUGCCAGAUGACAAUGUCUCGGUUAAAGUUGCUGUCGACCUGCCGUUUGGGUCGGGGACGUAUCCUGCGUUCUCGCUUCGGCGGGUCCAGGGGAUCGGUGGCAAUGCGUUCCUGCAUGAGACAAUUGUGCAUGAGAUGGUGAUGCCUGGUGGGAGUGUGUAUGCGUGGGGGUGGGAGUAUGGACUGGAAGAGCCGGAGUGA